AGGUAUGGUCCGUACGGCGCAGAAACACCGUCGCCAUUAUGUGGAGCCAUGGAGGAAUAUUCCUCCAUGGUGGAGCUAAACUAAACUUCACUCACCGAACAUCGUAGAAGAGCUACAUUCUUCAAGCAACAAGUAAAUCAAAUCAAAAAGACGUACACUCACUAGUUGCUUUGGAAAUGACCACUAUGAGUAUGAACAUACCUGGUUUUAGGAGGUGCAAGUGACAAACAACUGGAAAACAUAACCACGAAGUUUUACCAACAUCUCUCUGCAACAAUCUGCAUUGCCAAUGCACGCCGCGUGCUGACAAAACUUGAAAGGGGUUUUCCGGCGCGCUAUUUUUAGACACGUCAAAACUUGGCACGUGUUUGUUUUAUCUUGAUUGAUGGUGCGCGCGGGCCACGCGCAGCUCCUUUAUUAACUGAGAGUUUAUGGCCGCUGUUUCCAGGGUUGAAGAUGAUGAAGACUUCGAUCUGGUGCGUUGGACCAUCAUAGAGCAAGGUGGACCAUUUCUGCCUCCGUGGUUGGACCAUGAACGUCCUCAUCCAAACAUGACGUCGUCCACAAGCAACAAGUAUGAAGCGAAGAGAAAGUUUUUAUAGGAAAUAGGAAACAGACGUUUUUUGGGGUUAAAUCAACCAGUUCAAGUUCAGCCAUUGGUGAACCCUCUUAUUCUGGAUUGUGACAACAAAUCAGCAUUUCUGUGGACAACAUGGCUGGUACUAACUGUGUCCUGUUGACGUUGGUUGUUUUCUUGAUAGGCUAUCUUGAAGGUUGUUUGUUACCAGUUGAUCCCAUCAUUGAAGUUGGUUCAGACCUGGUCCUGAAUUGUACCAUUGAUGACUCGUCCAAUGACGGUCGUACAUCUCAAGAUGUCAUCUGGGAACACAAUCGCGACAAGUUGCCACCAGACAGGUACACCAGUCUCAGUGACACAGUGUCUCAAUUGACACUGACAAAUGUCACCUUCAGUGACUGGGGGAUGUACUACUGUCACUUAGGGCGGCGCAAACGCUGUGAUGCCUCGGAGGUGUCAGUUGGAAGGAAGCCCGAGCCACCUAUUCUAACCUGCGUCAUACCGUCUCCUGAUGCAUAUCGGUGUAGCUGGGAAGACGGGACGUACACACAGAUUCAAACCCAGCACAAUUUUAUGUUCAAACUUGGUGGUAGCUGGGAAGACUGUCCAUCACCAGGGCGCAACACUUGUAAUCUACAACUUGGCGCUGGCCUCAUUCAACACGUUCGAGUCACCUCAACCAACCGUCUGGGGAACGCUACAACCGAGAAAGUCUUCCAUACUUACAACGAUGUCGUUGUAAAUAGUCCAAGCAAUGUUGCAGUCACUAAGAUGGAGACUGAGACAUCGCUGAGAGUAACAUGGUCUGUUCCUGAUGAGUGGCCGUCGACAAGAGAAGGAUCUCUGACUUACAAACUGAGGUACAAGAAGGAGGAAUGUGUGAUGGCUAAUCACACAUGCUGCUGUUGGUUAGAGACUCAAGAUGUGAGGUCUAAAUCCUUUACAUUGAGGGAACUAGACCUAUAUACUUUCUACGAUGUUCAAGUCGCAGCCAGAUUUGACCAAUCAAGGGAAGAGAAUUGGAGUGAGUGGACUGAGGUUGAAACCACAAUCACACGUGAGACAACACCUCUAGAAGUUGUACAAGGCCUCGAAAUUAAUGAAACCCCAAACAAAGCUGACCCAGUCUACAAGAGGAAUGUCCGUAUAUUUUGGACGAAAUUGCCAGAAGAAGGCCAACAUGGGCGCCUCUUGGGCUAUAGGGUAGUCAUCCAGGCAGAUGAUACAGAAGAAUUACGACGAGAACAUAACACCAGCCGAAGCUUCUUUACGAUUACUGGUCCCCUUGACAAGUUCAGAGGCUAUCUUGUCAAAGUUGCUGCCCGUAACAGCGCCGGCAUUGGCCCUUGGUCGUCAAUUUUGAUUGAAGAUCAAACAAGAGCACCGGGCGCUCCUGAUGAGGUCAGAGCUGUUGCCUUGACAACGACCUCCAUCUUUGUUGAGUGGGAGGAGCCAAGUCAACCUAAUGGCUACAUAGAGAACUACACUGUGCAAUGGGGGAGGAGUAAUGGUGAAAUAAAAUAUUACACCACCUCAGAUUCAAGCCAGCUUUCUUAUGUCAUCAAUGAUCUGGUGACCUAUGUUCUUUAUGAGGUCGGCAUUAAGGUCGUGAACUCUCGCGGAGAGAGUGAAGUCACAUCUGUAAGGGGCGGGGCACGCACAUUGGAGGGAGUUCCAGAUGCGCCACCUACCAGCGUUGAAGUCAAGCCUGUCAAGAACUAUCCUGAUAGAUUGAUGUUGUCAUGGCAACGGCCGCCUGCUGAAAACAUCAAUGGUGUCCUUCGUGGAUAUGGGAUCUCAUUCUGCAAGAGGAGCCUUGAUAAUGAGAAAACAAAGUACUGUUCAGAUAACCUUCUGCAGUGGAACCUGAGCCGACCAGAUGCAGUUACUGAAACUCUGACUGAUCUGGGGCCAUCGACAUCUUAUCUCAUUUGGAUAGCAGCUUACACUGCGGUAGGCGUGGGACCAGACUCGGAGCCUGUUGAAGGAAAGACGACUCAUGGCAUUCUCUUGUUUGCUAUUGUCAUUCCAAUCGCUAUCGUACUUGGUCUUUGCAUCUUUGGCCUCUGUGUGUGGCAGUAUCGUCACAUCUUUGCUGAGGCCUCAGAAGACCUGUCGAAGCAAAAGUCCUGUAAGAGUAGCGAGAAAGUCCAGAAAGUCCAUGACCAAGUUGUCUCAUCACCAGGAAUUGCUGUCAUCAGUGGGACAUCAGUGGAGCAAGACGGGUCUGAGGUGAGUAAGCUUAAGACUGCAUUGCAGUCAUCCACCGGUCUAGAACCGAUCUUAGUUGCAGUCCAUCUAAACCCGAAGACCUCCAUGUUUGACCGCUCUGAGAGUGGUGAUAGUGGCAUCCCGUCGUCCCCAGAAAACGAUCCUCUGGAUUUCAGCACAAUGGAAGUCAAGGGGACAAGCAUCGCUGAGGAAGGUGAUGACAAUGUGUUCUUGGAAGACAGAGAUGGAGGGUCGUCUGCAAUCCAGAGAGAGAUGAGCAGCGGUCAUCAGUCAUCUUAAGAUAGAGCAUCUUAUCAUAACAUACUGGUAGGUCCGUUAAUAGACCAAUCAUGAAGCCCUGCCCGUGUUGGGCAGUAACCCUUGCGCCUCUUGGAAGCAUGCUGUUCUAGACAGGAAGGUCUUACGCAAGUGCAGGCAUUUGUGGAUCUUCUCUCGGACACUGUCCCACAAUCAUAGCUGUGAUCGGUCUAAAUGUCAUCGAGUGCAGCUUAAUGGCUCAGUCUAAUUUAAUCAUUUUAUGUUCACUCAACAGGGUUAUUUUGUGUUAUCUUUUUAGUUCUCUGCAUGACAUCACUUUUGCAAAAAACCCAAAGUUUAGAUACUGAAAGUCAAUUUAAAUUCUGUUAUUUAUUGAAUUCUUAUCUGAAUUGGGUGGACUACCCAGUGGAAUCCAAGUGAAGAGAAGACUAUGUGAACAAUUACAAAUUUAAAUAUGGGAAGAAAAUCCCAGAAGAAUAUCUGGGGAAACCCACGGAAUCAGGCAGGGACUGAAAACCCAGUCUACAUAUGUGCCCAGGCAGGAAGAGAACCCGGGUCACAGCAGUGGAAGGCGAGGAAAUUAAGUACAGCUACACCAACCUGACUCCGUCUUAAGGAAAAGAUUAAAAUCAUGUGUUGCCUUUUAUUUGCCUAAUUGCAGCUGAUGAUAAUGACAUAGACAAUGGCACAAUGACAGUGACGAUAUAAUGACAGUUACAGCUUUUGUAAAAAUCGUACCUCUUUAAUAGGAAUUUAAUAAAAGACUGUGUGCUUUAAUAUGUUAUGUGCUUUAGAAUAUGAUUAACUCCCAAUAACAAAACUCUUAAAUGUCCAUAUUUUUAUUUUAUUUUAAAAAUUAAAUGUGUUACAUAUUUUUCAUUUAAUUAUGUGUGCUACUGUCAAGCAUGUCAGUAUUAAAAGAAGAACCUAAUUAAUUGUAUUAAAUCCCUUAAAUACAUAGCAAUAGUGUAUAUUGUAAAACAGUAGAUCAUAAAAACAAACAUUGCGGCAUUAUAUAUUUGUAAGUGUUUUUGGGGAGGUAAAUGGGUGGGAAUAAUUCUGUUGGCAUUUUAAAAUCCUUUGGGCAUUCUUAAAUGCUCAAAACUUUUGCCAGUUAUUUAUACUAAGUGCAAAAUGGUUGUCAUGUUUGUUUUUGAUAAUGUCACCUGAACAGCAUUUAUAUGGGGGGGGGGGCCUGAGGCUGGCCAGGGGUGGUCGAAAAUGUUACUUUUAUUUCACUAAAAAAAAAAAAGACAAGUUUUGGUCUGUCAAAUUCUGUACAAACCGUCAAUAGAGGGCGCGCUUCAAUUUUAUGAGAAAUUAAUUAAUUUGAUUACAGGCCGGACUGCUAGAUACAGCGCGCGCCCGGCGGCGCCGGUGAGAAGUUACUUUUUGUUUUAGAAUAGCGCCAUCUCUUGAUCUGUUAUUGUCGGUUCACUGAUAUUUACCGGCAACAAAAUGAACAGUUCGGAUAGUAAAUUACAUGUGGCUA